UCCCACCCAAACCGCUCGCUCCUUAAUCACAGUGAUUAAUCAUUAAUCACCUCCAAAUUCCCAAUCCCCUAACCUUGAUUACACGAUGCCUAGCGCUCGGAUUAGAGUCCCGAUCCUGCAGCACAGCUUCAUGUACAACAGCAGCCUCGAGCAAUCGUCGGAGGGGAGUUCGUUGAUCUCCGACGUGGACGAUCCUCUGUUCGGGUUCCUCGACGGCGGCGGAAAUUACAGCAAUUACGAGACGUCGUCAUCGUCGGAGAGCUCCGACCGGGGAAUUGACGACGAAGAGGCGAUGGAUCUGGGAGAAGAAGAAGAAGAGGGCGCAAGAAACGAGGAAGAGGUCAGGAUGUUUUGGGAGAAUCAGCACCAAUUGGUCCAGGCAACGUUGUGUAGAACGAGCUCUCUGGAAACCGGGAUAAGGAAUUUGACGAAAGAGGCGGUGAAGGAGAUUGAGAUGGCCGGAACGAUUUGCGCCUGCGGCAGGGUGAUGGUCGGCGGCUGCCGGAGCUGCUUGAUGGCCGAGAUCGCCGGCAGGCUGAGGAACGCCGGGUACAACAGCGGCAUUUGCCGGACCAAAUGGAGAAGCUCCCCGGAUAUUCCAUCUGGAGAGCACACAUUUUUGGACGUGAUCGACAAUUCGAAGAGAGGGGAAGUGAGGGUGGUGAUCGAGCUGAACUUCCGGGCGGAGUUCGAGAUGGCGAAGGCGAGCGAGGAGUACAGCCGGCUCGUCCGCCGGCUGCCGGAAGUAUUCGUCGGGAAAAUCGAGAGGCUGACGAGCGUGAUAAAGAUACUGUGUGUGGCGGCGAAAAAGUGCAUGAGCGAGAAGAAGAUGCACAUGGGCCCGUGGCGGAAGCACCGUUACAUGCAGGCCAAGUGGCUCGGCGCCUGUCGCGAAAGGAAGACGCCGUCGCCGUCGACGGCGUCGUCGGGUGGUGAUUUGGCGGCGGCGGCGGCGGCGGCGGCGGGGUGCUUGGGGAGGAGGAAGGCGCGGUCGUCGAUGCUGACGGUGGAUUUGUUGGACAUGUUGCCCAAUAUGCACUGCACGGCCGUCGGAGUCAUGUGAUCGAUACUAAUUUUUUUCUCUUGUUUUUUUUGUUGUUGUUGGAGGUGGUAAUUACGGGUUUGGUUUAGAGAAAUUAAUGUAGCGGAAAUUUCUUGUCUUUUUGUUGGGAUGGGUUAGAUCAAAAGUGUGGGUGUGUAAUAUAUUGUAAAAGGUUGGGCUAGAAUUCAAAAGCAU